AGCCGUGGCAUCGGCUCAAGGCAAGCGUUGGAAUCAUGGCUUGCAAGUGAGGGAGGCCCAUGGAUUUGUCGCGUCACUAUGACCAUCCCGACGAUCCUGGGUACUCGGAAGACUAUGAAGAGCAACGCAUGUACGGGGACUUCUACAGGGAGUCCGCUGAAGCAGUUACUCGAGGAGUCACUCUUCCGCUUCCCAGUGAUAGCCUUGCAGCCGGGCCCUUUUUUGGGGACUUCUACCGUGAUGAGGAUCCCUACAAAGGCGUGACGUUGCCAUGCGAGGAGAGCAAGUUCUUCGGAGGCCCGUGCCUUGAGAAAGUUCUCUUCAAGGAGGGGCCGGCUCCUUCUGGGUGGAAAGCGGAGCCGAAGGCUGCCCAUGACCAACAUGCCAAAUUUCAGGAGACCGACUGCCCUCCACCCAAGCCGUCGGACCCCAUGUGGAGCUUUGAGGCGACCACCAUCUACGUGACGCGCCCGAUGUCCGUCCUGAUCCAAGAGAUGAACGUGUUGCUGGAGAAGUUGAACCAGAUGGCAACGACCAUCAAGGUGAGCCGUGCACCAAAGUUUGCCAUCAAGUCCGAUGUGUUCGUCCGCAACGCAAAAGUCACCUUGAAGGUUCGAGUCUACACCAUGGAGGCAAACAAGUAUGCAAUAGAAUUUCAGAGGCGCCAGGGUGAUUGCCUGGCCUUCAACCACGUGUACCAGCAGGCGUGGCGCCUUCUACACGACGAGUCCCACGUCGAGGAUCUUCCUGGCCCUCCACCCUGCCAAAGCCCAACUUCCUCGGAUGAGGCUGACGGUCAGGUGAAAGAGAUGUUCUCGCCUUUGCUGGAUAUGAUGGACCUCCCCGUAUUGCAGGCUGAGUCGGCUGCUGCCCUCGCACAAGUGGCGGAGGACCGACCAGCAGCCAAGACGCUUUGCUGUCCAGGCGCAUUCAAGAAGUUCCACGGCUUGCUGCUGAGUGAUGAUGCAGAGAUCACUUAUCCCAUAGCUCGACUUCUGUGCUCCAUGGCGCAAAUUCCGGAGGCGGCACAAUUCUUUUGUGCCGGGGACCUCCUUUCGGACAUGAUCACCAAGGUGCAAACUUGGAAGUGCUGCGAGCAAGUGAAGGCUUUGCUCGCCCAGGCAGUUCAAUCGGUCAUGGGCAGAGCCCAGCUUGGCGAAGGGCAGUACGAGCGCGUUUCACGGCUGCUGCAACUUGCGGUGAAGGACCUGCCGGCCUGCCGCACGCGGCAGUUGCUCAGCGAGGCGCAUUCCAAGCUGCGGAGGGCCGUGUGAAACGGCCCAGGUGUCCAACGCCACAGUCAUCCGUGCAACGCGUUAAAGAGCGCAUCGUCGAGAUGCUUGUACACGGUCCCCUCAAAGAACACGAGCAUGGGG